AUGGCCUCCGUCUCCCAGGACGAGCUUGCUCUCCUCUCUGGCAGGGAGCUCGUGGCCCACCUCGCCAACUCCUGCCACAGGGCCGACUUUGAGGCGGUCGCGCGCGUCCUUGAUGCGCGGGACCGCAAGCUCGCCAAGGACAAGGCUGCGCUAAAGGCCGUGCUCGCUGACCUAGACGCUGCGAGAGCGCAGGAGCGCGAGGUCGCUGAGGCCAAGUCCAAGUUGGAGGCCACCAUACUGCGGAAGAAGUACAAGGCGGCCUUGGACUCGCGCCGCCGACCGCUGGACAGUGCCAAGGAGGUGGCGCACCUGCUUGGGGGCUCGCGUGCAAAUGUGGUUUUAGCCAAGUGGAAGACAGCAACGGGUUUGGAGAACCUCAAGAAGAGCAGAGAGAUGUCGCUAGGCUAUGCAGAGAAGCUGUCUUACCGAGAGGAUGUGGGCACUGUGGGCAUGCCUGAGAAGUUCGACUCCCCCAAACUCCUCCAAGGGAAGGUUGAUCAUUUUGCCUACUUCCAAACCCUUUUUUCAUUUUGUUUGCUCAGGCUUUAUGAUUGGCUAAGAAUAAAGAGAGAAAUAUUUUUUACCGCAGCGUUCUUUUUUGUGGUUUGUGCAAUCAAGACCCAUGUGUGCCACUGCUAUAAAUUAAUAGUGUUGGAGAAGUUGUGGUUAAUAGAAGAGCUUGCAGUUAUGGUGCAAAAGAGUAAGCAUCUAGUGGUGUUUACCGGAGCAGGAAUAUCAACUUCAUCAGGCAUACCUGAUUUCCGAGGCCCAAAGGGUGUGUGGACUCUGCAGCGUGCAGGAAAAGGUGUUCCUGAUGCUUCACUCCCAUUUCACCGAGCUGCUCCAACCUUGACUCAUAUGGCAUUAGUUGAAUUGGAAAGAGCAGGUCUCCUAAAGUUUGUCAUAAGCCAGAAUGUUGACAGCCUACAUUUGCGUUCUGGCUUCCCAAGGGAGAAGCUGGCUGAAUUGCAUGGAAAUUCUUUCAAGGAGAUAGCUCUUCCUGAAUCCCUCCUCUGUAUGAAGGUGUUGUGUUCUCAAAAUAAAAUGUUUAAUAGUGGAAAGGAUGCGUUACCCCCUGAGGAGAUGAAUUCUGCCGAGGAGCAGUGUCGAACAGCUGAUCUUGUCCUAUGUCUAGGAACUAGCUUGCAGAUUACUCCUGCAUGUAAUAUGCCUCUGUUGUCAAUCAAGAAUGGGGGAAAGGUUGCUAUUGUUAAUCUUCAGGCAACUCCGAAAGAUAAAAAGGCAAGCCUUGUCAUCCAUGGGCUUGUGGAUAAGGUUUCCUUUCCAGACAGAUCUGACAUGAAGCCUGUAGUGCUUAUGGAGCAACCGUUUUCUUUGCAGAGUGAUGGUUGUGGCUGCUCAAGCUCGUCAAUUGAAUGCCAUGUUAAUUUCCAGAAGCAAAAGGAGAGUUUUGUUAGGGAUAGAAGCCUAGUCCUGCAGGAGUUGAAGUGCACUGCAGAGCGCCAGUCUCGUGCCGGGCAGCAAUCGAUUCUUGAAAGGGAGAGUCUGCCAAGAGCCGAGACAUCUAUAUACGCGUUUGUGACCAACAUUAUCAGGUACGACGCUGCAGAUCUCAAGGUGGCUGAUCCUAAGGGUAGUUGGAUGAACAGCGGCAGCAGUACCAGCAGCAACCUUGCAAAACGGCUCGUGGAAGGUGCUAGUGGCUACUCCGCCUCGACAAAGAAGCUAAAGUGCUAG